AUGAAGAGCAGUUUCCUUGGAGUGCUGAUUGCUCUUGUUGGAAACAGUCUCAUUGGAACAAGCUUUAGUGUCAUGAAGGUAGUUGUCAAUGUGCCGUUCGCCUACUUCAUCUUGGGCGAGAAGCUGUCCUUUCGCAACAUCCUCGGCUGCAUCCUCUGCAUCUUGGGUGGUUAUGGGAUAGUGGGGGUUGUAGCAAACAACACAUCGGAGCAUGAGACGGUUACGGUUGAACAAUUCGAGAAAAUGGCGUUCCGACCUACGUUCAUGGUUUUCUUCACGAUAUCUGUCAUGGAGUCGAUUGAUCUGAUCUGGUCAAGAAGGAAAACGGUCAUGACAUACAUCUGGAUAUGUUCGCUGCUCGGAGGGCUGACUGUGCUGUCUAUCAAAGCUGUCACAUCAUUUAUGGUCAUUACAUUCCAGGGAUCGAACCAAUUCGGCAAUCUGCUGCCGAAAGACGGCGACGUUCCUGUCUCUUCUCUGAACCAUGCUGGGCAGGUGCACUUCUUAAACAAGGCCAUCGCAGACUACGGGACAGGAGAAGUGGUUCCCACCUACUACGUCAUCUUCACCUCUUGCGCUGUCUUGGGCAGUGCGAUCCUGCUUGCAAUGAUUGAUCUGUUUGUCGCCCAGCAGCACAUACGCUCGAUAGAGGCCUCCGACGGCGAUGAUCAAGAAACCUUGCUGUAG